AUGAAGCUCACCGCUGCCCUCGGCGCUCUUGGCGCCUCGAAUCUACUCUUUACAAGUGUAGGCGCAAUUGAUCUGGACAUCAACUCGCCAGACUCAAUCAAGCAGGGCGCCAAGGCACUGUCCGCAAACUUGCGAUCGUACUAUACCGGCGACAAUGUAGGCGAUACACCAGGCAAUCUUCCAGACCCAUACUACUGGUGGGAAUGUGGUGCCAUGUUCAAUGCUCUCAUUGAUUAUUGGUAUUACACUGGUGAUGAUCAAUACAACAAAAUCACCACACAAGCCCUAGAGGCCCAGAUGGGAGCGAACAAAGCUUUCAUGCCUGACAACCAGACCAAGACGCUCGGAAACGAUGACCAAGCUUUCUGGGGAAUGGCCGCCAUGACCGCUGCAGAGAACAAGUUCCCUGAUCUUCCUGACGGCCAGCCUUCUUGGCUGUCUCUUGCACAGGCCGUAUUCAAUACUCAAUACAAACGCUGGGACAUGACAACUUGUGGUGGAGGAUUGAGAUGGCAGAUUUUCAGCUUCAACAACGGAUACAACUACAAGAACACCAUUUCCAACGGUUGCUUCUUCAACAUUGCCUCACGACUCUAUAAAUACCUUGGUAACGACACAUACGCCGACUGGGCUGAGAAGGCUUGGGAGUGGGAGCUCUCCGUAGGACUCAUGAGCCAGGACUACCAUUACUACGAUGGAACCGACGACACACAGAACUGUUCCAACGUCAAUCACAUCCAGUGGACUUACAAUGCUGGUAUCCACAUGGCUGGUGCUGCUGCCAUGUGGAACGUGACACAAAACGACAAGUGGAAGACCAGGGUCCAAGGUAUCAUCGAUGGAGUGGACGUUUUCUUCAAGGACAAGGUCAUGUCAGAGGUCGCCUGUGAGAACAAUGGCAAGUGUGAUGUGGACCAGCGCUCCUUCAAGGCUUACCUUUCACGUUCCAUGGCAUACACAGCCAGCAUCGCACCCUGGACCCGCGAUCAGAUCGACCCGUAUCUCCAGGCAUCGGCUCAGGCUGCCGCGAAGCAGUGCAACGGAGGUGCUAACCAGACUUCGUGCGGGCUCAAAUGGACCACGAACGGUGUCAACGAUGGCAGUUUCGGUGUCGGCGAACAGAUGGCGGCUUUGGAAGUCGUACAGUCGUUGCUUUACCCAUCGGUCAGCGGCCCCGCGACGGUAGAGAAGGGCGGUAUCUCUAAAAGCGAUCCCGACGCCGGUAACGAUGCAACCGAUGCACCCAUCAAGUUCGAUACCGUCACUACUGGCGACAAGGCUGGUGCUAGUAUCCUGACCAUCUUCGUGCUGGUAUCUAUCCUUGUGGGCGCUUGGUGGAUGGUGUCGUAA